UUAUAUUUAUUAUUUGUUACAUAAUUAAAAAAAAAAGAAAAAUUUAAAUAGUCAAAGCCAAGUCAUAUACAUAUACAACUUCAUAUUCAUUCCUUUUUUUUAAUUCGACAUUCAAUACAUUUAAAUUGAACUUUAGUACAUUUCAAGAUUAAAACCAUAGUAAAGCAAGUAUUACUAAUUAACUAUUCAUUUACAAGGAAUUGAACAAAAUGGAAUUCAAUGUGUAUAAUGGAGUUCGAGCAGAACCCAAAUUUUUGAGAGAUCCUACUUCAUUUGAGUCUAUAUCUUCUGGUAUAUCAAGAUUGUCAUCUUAUGUUACAUCAAACUUACAAAAAAGAAAACCCAGUUUGAGUAUGUCUUCGUUUGAUCCACACUAUCAUCAACAAAGAAUGAUUGAAGAAGUAGCAUUACAACAAACAGAUGCAAUAACAGUAGACAAUCAUGGAGAAGAAGAAGAUAAUAGUAAUAUUGAUAAAGUGACAUUUGCUACAUUUGAGAAAAUAGAAUAUAUUCGAGAUAAAAGACCUUGUAUCCUAUCAUGUUUAAUAUUAGGCUAUCAUGAUGGGUUUCAAAUAUGGGAUAUAACUAAUCCAGAUAAUGUACAUGAAAUAUUUUCAGUCAAAGACAAGCAUAUAUUUCAUAAUAUAACUUUUAUACAUGUCUUGAAUACGACUCAACAAGGGCCCAUAUUCGCUAUUGUAUCUGAAGUGGUUAAGAGUCAAGCUGAUAAUACCUUAGAUAGUCGUCAUUCUUCCCUUAAUGAUGCUUCACAGUUACCAACAUUGAUGUCAAGUAAUAAGUCAUCUAAACUUAUUAUUUAUUCUUUAAAUUCACAAUCUAUCGUUAAGGAGAUCCAUAAAUUUGGUGAUGAAGAUGAUGAUACAACACAAGUCACAUGUAUUAAAAGUAAUUCCAAGGUCAUUGUACUUGGCUGCGUUUCUCGUCAACGGCCGUCACUUCAUUUUUUAUCUAUAAAUGAUUAUAAACCAAUUGCAAGUCCAUUAAUGGAUAUUUAUCAUGAUCAGCAAUAUUUACAAGGUCCAAUUUUUGCAUUAGGAUCAAGAUUCAUUGCUUAUGCGACGAAUGCUGCGGUAUUGAAUUCAGACCCCGUUAUGACCACGAACUAUUAUUCACCUUCAACUUCCCAUUAUCAUAAGACGGGCUUAAAUGUAUUUCAAGGAGAAAAGGAUGUGAAAGGCGCUGCAAAGGGAAUUGCAAAGGAAGUUGUGAGUGGAAUGAAGACAUUAGGUGAAUUCGGGUUAAAUACUCUUUCGAAUUAUUUUAAUCCUCAGCAACAACAGCAACAGCAGCAGCAGCAACAACAACAACAACAACAACAGCAGCAGCAGCAGCAGCAAUACAGUAAUAAUAAUAGUCCAAAUAAUAGACGAUUUAGUGUUUCACAACAAGAUUUUAUAUAUAAUAAUGGUAAUACACCUAUUCAAAAUAAUGCUGCUUCAAUAAAGAAAAUGAUACCUUCAGGAAUGGUUAUGAUUCGAGAUAUUCUUAAAUUGCCAAAGACACCUACAAGAAACUUAUCUAUAUCAACUAUAGCUCAUUUUAGACCACAUACUCAUCCAGUUUCAUGUCUCACUUUUAAUCAAGCAGGAACUUUAUUGAUGUCAGCAUCCAAACAAGGUCAUACAUUUCAUAUCUUUUCUAUGUUAACACCUAACAAUAUGAAUAGUACAAAUGUAUUCCAUUUGUAUAGUCUAUCAAGAGGUAUUACAGAUGCACAAGUAGAAGAUUGUCAUUUUUCAAUAGAUUCUAAUUGGUGUGCUAUUAGUACAGCAAGAGGUACAACUCAUGUAUAUGCUAUUAAUCCUUAUGGUGGUAAACCUGAGAUAACAGGACAUGUUCAUGGAAAAGUCAAUAAUCAUCCUAUAUUAUUCCAUUCAUCUUUAUUCAAGAAUAAACCAGUCAAGCCUACGCAAUUAAAUUCUGUUGUGCGAAUUAAACAGAGAAGGAAAAUGCCUGGAUAUAAUUUAUCAACGUCAUCUCAAGAUGAUCUUCUUCUAAAUAGUAAUAAACAACAAGAAUUCAAUACUGGUUAUUAUUAUCAUCGACUGCCUCACUCUAUCUCAAAUCAUCCUUCAUUCACACCAUCUCGAUCUUCAACAAAGGAAUCCUUAUCUCGAGCUAAACUGACUACCACAUUUGUUACCAUGACAAGAUAUCCUUAUUAUUGUUUCAUUCAUAGUAACAAUAAUCCACUUUCUAAUCAUAGUAGUCAUGGCUACCCUUCUUCAACUUCAUUAGAUGGGAUGAUGACGAAUUAUCAACCUAUUGUUGGGACUCUAAAGCAACAAGCUAGUCAAAUGUUAUCUUCUUUUGGUUCUAAUAUGCUCUCAUCCACGAAUCCAACAGCACAAAAUGUGAUGACUAACGGCAAUAGUAAAUCACAAACAAAUAUCGUGAGUCAAAAUACAAAUAAUGAUAAUGUACUCAUGUUUGGAUUUGAUGAAGAAUAUGAUGAUAUAAUGACCAAGAUGAAUGAUGGAGAAGAGAUAGGAUUUCAAGACCUUUAUUCGUUUCAUCCUGAUGGUAUUUUAACAUUGCAUCGAUGUUGGAUAGCCAAAAAUAUAAUUAAAAAGAGAGAAAAGGGACGAAAUAUAGAAAAGUUAGACUUAACGAUAAAAGAAGAAGACAUAGCAGAAUGGAGAGUAGCUCGUAGUUCAGAUUGGGAAGAAGUAAAAUGGAUGAUACCAACAGCUGAUAUUCUUGAACCAUCAUCUACCGAAGUUAAGAAUAACUCGAGUCAUAAAAAGAACAAUAAAAAGAAUAAGAAAUUACCUGUCGUAGACAAUGAUCCAGUUACAUUACAGCAUAAUGAAAAGAAAGUUAGAUGGCUUUCAAAUGCAGAAAUUACAACUUAUGGAGCAGCCUUAGCAGACGAUCCACCUUUAUGGACUCGACAUCAAUUUAGUUUUCAAACGUAUCAACCUCAUCAAAAUUUAAAAUCUUUACUUGAUGCAACUAUUAUACCCAAUACAGAUACCAUGAUUUUGUUAAAGGGAAUGCCUGAGCCAGUUUCAAGUCGAAUUGAUCGUGUCAGUAAAACAACAACACGAAUAGCUAAUCAUCAAGUUGAAGAGAAUAUGGAUGAUGCUUUAGCUGAACUAGAAGAUAAUAUAUCCAAAGCUAUGCAAACUUCAUUUUCACCUUCAAGUCAUCCAUCAUUAGAUAUUAGUCCAGCUACAAAAUGGUUAUCAUCAUCAAGUGUAAAUAAUAAUGGAUUAUCUUCAUCUCCUUCUUCUGCCUCGACUACACAAAAAUCAUUAUCAUUUUCGCCUUAUUAUAUAGAUAAUAAUAAUAAUAAUCGAAAUUCAUCUAUUUCAUUUGAGGAUGCUUAUUUGAUACAUAUGGGAAGUGGACCUAACAUUGAGCCUUCCAUGCUUGGAGUAAUGGCUUUACCAUCCCAUCAAAAUGAUAUUAUGCAGCAUAGUUCUUUAAUACAAUUUGACGACGACAACGACAACGACGAUGAAGAAGAAGAAGAAGAAGAAAGGUUGAGUUUACAAGAAAGAUCCAAUGUAUAUUCUCCUGAUGGAGAUAAUGAAGUUGCUUACCCUUACGAGUCUAUUUUUGGUGAUUUUCAUUCACGACCAUUGAACAAUAAUAAUGACGAUGAUAAUGUAGUUGCAUCGUGGUAACUUUUAUAAACAAUUUUUCUUUUUUUUUUUUUUUUUUUU